UCGAGUACUUUGAUAAUAUGACAAUAUGUCAGCUUAUAGGUAACAUCGAGUACUUUGAUAAUAUGACAAUAUGUCAGCUUAUAGGUAACAUCGAGUACUUUGAUAAUAUGACAAUAUGUCAGCUUAUAGGUAACAUCGAGUACUUUGAUAAUAUGACAAUAUGUCAGCUUAUAGGUAACAUCGAGUACUUUGAUAAUAUGACAAUAUGUCAGCUUAUAGGUAACAUCGAGUACUUUGAUAAUAUGACAAUAUGUCAGCUUAUAGAUCAGCCCCACAAGGGUAUAAUAUCCUUACUUGAAUAUAUUUCUAGAUCAUCCCCACAAGGGUAUAAUAUCCUUACUAGAAUAUAUUUCUAGAUCAGCCCCACAAGGGUAUAAUUUCCUUAUUAGAAUAUAUUUCUAGAACAGCCCCACAAGGGUAUAAUAUCCCUCAUUGAAUAUAUUUCUAGAUCAGCCUCACAAGGGUAUAAAAUCCUUGUUAGAAUAUAUUUCUAGAUCAGCCCUACAACGGUAUAAUAUCCCUCAUUGAAUAUAUUUCUAGAUCAGCCCCACAAGGGUAUAAUAUCCUUACUAGAAUA